AUGCCCAUUCAACUGCUGCUCUUCUGGCAUUCAAAGCGCCGUGAUGUGUUGUGUGAUCUUCAGAACCAGACGCAGCAGCACCAGCAGACGGCUGCACAGACGCAGACGCAGACGCAGACGCAGCAGGCUCCAACCCAGCAGAGCUCGGCGCAGACAAACGGCACAUCGGGCGCCGCAGGGGCCAACACGGGCCCCUCCAUACAGCAUGGACAGGAACAGGGGCCACCAAACAAAAAACCUCGCACCUCAGGAACCAGUGUUCUUCAAACAGACUACCAGCACUCCAGCUCGCGGCUUGGUUACCAGAGCAAUGUCCAAGGCUCUACCCAGUCGCAAAGCACUAUGGGAUACUCGUCCUCAUCUCAGCACUCUCAUCAGUCUCAUCGAUACUGAGACUCAAAGACAUACGUAAGCACUUAAAAAAAGAAAUAUUAACCGCAAGCUAAACGCCAGGCAAGUCGGCGUUGUCCUUCAAAUCAGUUGCUGGGUCUUUCCCGUAACAUGGUCCCGACAAACCCACGUUUCUUCCCUUGCAAAGCCGCCUGCCGUCCCGCGAUUCUCAGCAAAUGCUACUCCAACCAAAGCACAACUUUACAAUCGCUUUCUUUUGCUCAGAGCUGCUCAGAAGAACCAGAGCCACGAUUGGGCUUUGCAGCAUCUCGGUUUUUCAACAUACUGUAUUAAAACUUCCACCAGCUCCGACACCAACCUAAUAGUCUGCUGACUGCUGAGCAUGCUUACUCUUCUUUCACCACCGUUAAACCAAAACAGUCUCGCAGUGCUAUUCGGGUCAAAGCUGCAGAGCGAAGUAAAACGAGGCUUUUUGCAACGGGUCGUUAAAGCUGCCAUCCCAGUGGCCGGCAUCGUACCUACCAGAUCUCUCCAUUUACAGUGUUCCGGUGACAGCUGCAUGGUGCGACCCACAAAUUUGAUUUUGGGUUCUCGCCGUUCUCUUUUCGUGGUUGAGGCUGGUUGGGACACCAUCUCAGAUCAACUCGUGAAAUGAAGUAGAUCUGAGGGUUGCGUUGUUAGGACAUGGAAUAAUUUGACCCUGUGAAUGCGUGAGAUGUUGUAUCUGUCUGAUAUGUUCAUUCAACUGAAAAGUGACUAGUGGGACACCAGUCUAAUAUGUAGUCCGUAACACGAUCUAAACUUUGCAGCUAUCGCGUUUAUUUUUUUGACUUUUUACCUCAUCUCGAGGCUUCCUGAGAUUCCCCCGUUCGACGACCCCGAAACAAAUCAAAUAGAGACAUCUACAGUAUAUAAGCAAUUGUACAUAGGAAGCAAAAUCCCCUUUUUAUCUCUCUCCUCCUCGUCUCUCGGUAAAGGGAGCUGCCUGCAUGUACGGACAGUCGAGAAGAGGCUGGAUUUGUGUAACGUGCAUAUUUUAAAGACUGAACAAAGAGCAUCUCUCAUAGCUAUUGUGCACUGCAUUAUUACACACAUCUUUAUUUUUUUGUUGUGUAAGAGAUUUUUAUUUAUUUUUUUUUU